AUGGCGUCAGGCACAGCAUAUCGGUGCGAGAAACCGUGCAGGGAGACCCUGGAUUACUACCUCAGUCCAGAUGAUUCCAAGCCCGCGGUGAUGUUAUACAAAGCUCCCCCUCAUAAGAAAUCAAGAAUCAAUCCGAAGUAUACACCUCUGUUUGAUCGGCUCCCACUCGAAAUCGUCCACUUGAUCUUGCUCAAUCUCGAUCUACCCAGUCUAGGGAGGUUGCGUCGAGUCAGCACCAGAGGAAGGUGUUUAGUCGAAUCGCUUCCGGCGUACUCUUUGUUGAGGGCCUUGGCCUCCGACACGCUCCGCAUGAUGGAUAUUACCAAGUGCGCAUCAUAUUUUCCCAUCGGCCGGCUUUUCACUGAGUUCUGCCAUCCCUGGUGCCGGACCUGUACCGAUUUAGGCCCUUUUAUUUACUUCCCGACCCUGACCCGUUCAUGUUAUAAAUGCAGUUAUCUCCGACCCGAGUACGAAGUGGCUCCCAUGCGUGAUAUCUGUUUAAAGUUUGCAUUGACUCUAGCGGAUAUCCAUCAGUCAAAACUCCCAAUCAUUUACCAUCCAGAAAAGCCUCCACACCACCUAAUGGAUGUUGCUCGAGCAAAGGCCGUGGGAAUAAAGCUCCAUGGAAGUAAGAAGGCAAUGGAGCGGGCGUACCAGACUCGCCGGAAGGAGUAUGAAAGAGAUUACCAACGCCGGGUUCAGGAAUGGCAAAAACGCCGGCAUCAAGGAACCCACACUGGAGGACGACCCCGGCGCCGGUGGAAUCCUACACCACUGGUGGAGAAGGAGGACGAGCCUUCAUGGAGACUGCAGGCGUCAGUGGCAUUUCCAUACUGGGACUCUCGGACACGAACAUUGGAGCCCGGCACGUACUGUAGGGCUUGUACGUAUCACUGGGAGGAGGGCAAUGCAGAUGACUGGAGACGCAUGGAAACCAUUUUCCAUCUACACCCCCCUAGCAGAGAGGCCUAUUAUCGAGCAUUCUUGGAGGCUGAUUUACCUCAGCAUUUUCUCAACUGUGUUGCAAUGAAGCAGAAUUAUAACUUCCGGGUCGAACGUCUGAGCCUCACUGAGAGGUUGUUUAAACGGAAAGGGACUGAUUUUAUUGUUGGCCCCAAGAAUACUACUGAUGCCUGA